AUGGAAGGGUCUAUCCAUCUCCUGGCCUGCUUGGCAUGUGUCCUCCAGAUGGGAUCACUUGUGAAAACUGGAGAUGCUCCGGCGGAUUUGCUCAACACAGAGGCGCACAGCGUGCCGGAGCAGCGCUGGUCCAUGCAGGUGCCCUCCGAGGUGAGCGCGGAGGCGGGCGACGCGGCGAUGCUGCCCUGCACCUUCACGCACCCGCACCGCCACUACGACGGGCCGCUGACUGCCAUCUGGCGCGCUGGCGAGCCGUACGCCGGCCCUCAGGUGUUCCGAUGCACCGCGGCUCGAGGCAGCGAGCUGUGCCAGACGGCUCUGAGCCUGCAGGGCCGCUUCCGCCUGCUGGGCAACCCGCGCCACAACGACCUGUCACUGCGCGUCGAGCGCCUCGCCCUGGCGGACAGUGGCCGCUACUUCUGCCGCGUGGAGUUCGCCGGCGACGCCCACGACCGCUAUGAGAGCCGCCACGGGGUCCGGCUGCGCGUGACCGCUGCACCGCGGAUCGUCAACAUCUCGGUGCUGCCAGGCCCCGCGCACGCCUUCCGCGCACUCUGCACGGCCGAGGGGGAGCCCCCGCCUGCCCUCUCCUGGUCCGGCCCCGCCCUGGGCAACAGCUCGGCGGCCGAGCAGAGCCAGGGUCACGGCUACCAUGUGACCGCCGAGCUGCCGGCGCUGACCCGAGAUGGGCGCUACACGUGCACAGCAGCCAAUAGCCUGGGCCGCGCAGAGGCCAGCGUCUACCUGUUCCGCUUCCGUGGCGCCCCCGGAGCCUCCACUCUGGCGCUCCUGCUCGGCGCGCUGGGUCUCAAGGCGCUGCUGCUGCUUGGUGUUCUGGGUGCGCGAGCCACCCGCCGACGACUAGAUCACCUGGUCACUCAGGAUACCCCUCCACGGUCUCAGGCUCAGGAGUCCAAUUAUGAGAACCUGAACCAAAUGAGUCCCCCAGGCCACCAGCUGCCACGUGUUUACUGUGAGGAACUUCUGGGCCACCAUCAUCCAGUCGUGCACCGUGAGAAGUGAAGGACAGUACCAGGCUAGACCUGUAGAGCUCCUCCUAAUUCCCCAGGCUUCUUGGCAGCUAUGGGCCAGGCGACUUCCAAGGGGACACAGGACCCUGCUGACAGAGAUUUGGAGCCAACAAUCUGGAUGUGUGUAUCUAUACAUACAUAUACACAUAUGUCCACCUGAGCCUUAGCAUGAAACUUCCCUUGUUUUUUCUUACCUAGAACUAUAUAGUAAAGCAGAUGGGAAACUAGCCAUAAGGUCUGGAGGUCCAGGCUCCAGCCUGCUCUGGCACCAACUUUGCAGUAUAGACCAGGACACAUUCUUGACCUCUCUAGGACUCAGCCUCUCCAUGACUGGCCAGUUUGUCUGAACUGAGGAAACAGUAGAUCCGAAGGAGCUGUGUGAACUGCAAACCUAUCGCAACGGUGGGCUCUGGACAAGCAGAAAUUAGAUCACUGCAGCUCUGCGCAGCCUUGGGAGAACAAAGCACUCCAGAGAACAACUGGAACAGCAAACCCUGGAAACUUAGUAGCAAGAAGAGGCCUGGAGCCUCCUGACGUCUCCCCAGGGACCGUCCCAGCCCUCUGCCCAGCUGCGAUCAUGUCAACAGAUCCACACUGACUUCAGCUGGGACCCACCAGGUGAAGGAAACUGGAAAUCCAUUGUCUCAAGCAUCUGAAGGCUUUGAGACAUAUGCCAAGAACUGGAAGACCAGAAGGGGCACUGGGUUCUAGUGAAUAAGACAGCCGUGGCUCUGACCUCUCUCUCAGCGUCCACCCUCCAAGGAUGUGCAAAGUCCAAGAGCACCGCCCCCUCUCCCUGCCUGUCUUCCAUCCCAUCCAGGCGAACUUCAAGAGCAGUGCUUUCCUUGUUUAUACUUCAGUGUGCGUUUGUUGAUCCUGAUGAAGAAGAGGUGUACUUGGGACCAAGUCAGCCCUGAGACAGGAGGCUAAAGAGACCAUGUUUGUCCAGGGACCAUCUCUACAGGUUGAGGACAGUAGGCUUCCAGGCUUUCCUCGACACCAGCAAGAGCUGUUAAGAGAUCAUCACAAGAGUUGACAUCUGGACCUCUUUGCAGAGGGGAGCUUUAGAGCAUCUCCAGAAAGAGACUUGCAUCCCCAAGGGUAAAGAUAGGGGCAUGGUUACCGUGAGGAUUAGCACAUCAUUGGCCAAGAGAAUUCCAUGAAUUGCUACUUACAUACUUUGUUGUGUUAUGAAUUCAUAUUUGAGAUUAUGAGACUGGAGAUGACAUCAUCAGUCAGGGGGAGUUAGGCCGUACUGCUGUAACAAGCCCUAAAUCACGGUGGCUGGAAAUGGUAUUUGUUUUGCACUGUAUUAGGGUUCUCUAGAGGAACAGAAUUUAUGGAAUGAAUACACACACACACACACACACACACACACACACACGUGUAGGGAGAAAGGAGGAGGGAUUUAUUAGGAUGGGUGGGUGACAGGCUUGGUUCAGUUAGUCCAACAAUAGCUGUUAACCAAAGGAAAGUCCAGGAAUCUAGGAGUUGUUCAAUCCACUAGGCUGGAUGUCUCAGCUGGUCUGCAGUAUAUUCUAGACCCCCAAAGAAGUAGGCUUUAAUGUCAGUGCAAGAAUGGACUUGUCUGCAGAAGAAAGCACAAGCAGGCAAUGAGAGCAAGCUUCUUUUUUCUGUGCCCUUCAUAUAGGCUGCUAGCAGCAGGUAUGGCCCAGAUUAAAGGUGGAUCUUCCCAUCUCAAAAGAUCAGGAUUAAAAGUGAGUCUUCACACUUUGAAUGAUUUAAUUAAGAAACACCCUCACAGGUGUGUCCAGCCUAUAAUUCCACAUAUAGUCAAGUGGACAACCAAGAACAGCCACCACGCUCAUCCCAUUCCCGUUGCAGAUUGGCGGAGAGGUUCAUUGUUGUUGAUUAGGAAACCAAAUUGCAGGGAUGUUGUCUCUGAUGUUGUGAAUUGCUAGACUGGAGGCAAAAAGAAUCCUCUGCAAGGCAGUACAAUCGUAAACAGUAGAUGAGGAACACUAGGGAAAUUUGUGAGAACACUGAGAAUCGCCUCGGUUGGUAGCACAGUAAUCCCUUCCGGAAACGCUUGGAAGCCACACAGGGAGUCCCAAAGCAUGCAGUCUUGGGAAGGCUUCCUGGAAGAGCGUAUGUGAAGAUGGUAUGCAUUGGCUGUGCCGAUGGGGGAAUGGAGAUUGGAAGGAAGAGACGGAGGGCAGUUGGAGCAUAGGAACAAUCCAAACAGAGAUGUCAUGGUAUGGACAGUUAUUUAUUCCUGGAGCAUGAAGGAAGGGACAGGGUAUGGACAUUCACCCCGCUCAAUGGAGGGUGCUGCCCUGUUGUGGGGUACCCACCAGAGAAUACCGCUCAGGCAUGGUUUAAGCCAAUAGGAAGUCUUUAUUAGCCAGCUAGCAGCUACACUGGGUGCUCAGAACCCCAGUGUAGUAUGAAGACUUUCUCAGGGUGAGCUUUUAAGCACAAAACCCAUAUCCUGGGCUGAGAUACCUCAGUUAAGAAGAACAGUUAGCCAGAAGCAGAACUCCAGAAGCCGAAGGCAAGGUUAGCACAUUCCAACUUUCCUAGAACUACGGACUUUGAUGGAUUCGCUCUUUGUUUUCUUUUCAGCGGGUAGUGCUGUGCUGACUUUUAUGGUCUGAAUGGUACUUUGAUCAUGGAGUCAGUUGUGCUAAAGUCUGGGGUCUUACAAAGGUUUGGGGGCCUGUUCCACCCCUAGCUGGGGUGAGGGUAACAGGAGUUGGCACUCAAGGGACAGACUGUGGUGCUAGGCUCCUGGUCCUGUUGUACAGGACUUCCUGCUGUCAUUUGUCAUCUCCCAUGAAACCUGAGGCUUCCGUGUCGGGAACACCUGGGAGCUGUUUAAAUAAAUAUCCAUGCUGGCAUUACCUGGCCCUCCAGACCCACGGGGAAUGGAAGGGACUAGAACUUUAAACAGUAUCUUCAGGAGACUUUACCCCCAAAGUUUUGGUGUUGUUUAAUCUUCUUCAACCAACACACACACACACAGCCAGAAAAACACCCAUGCGCCCACCCCCUCCACCAACAUCACUCACAGGUUGCUGUUUCCUUACUGAUGAUCUGGCUGAACCGCCUGAGGAUAAGCAGCAGAUUUCCCAGUUACCCGCGAAUCUAAACACCUUGAGGAACAGUACAUUUAGUGACAUUUUGUUACAUUUAGUG